AUGGCGUUUCUUAAUGCAUUCCUUUGGCUGGCGCUCGCUUACGUGAGUUGGGCAUUGGCAACGUUCACGUCCAACUACCGUACAGCCCAGAAGAUUGGACUACCUAUCGUUGUCACGCCAUUUGACGUUCUCAACCCAGCAUGGUUCCUCCUGAAGGAUAUCAUCAGCCCAGUGUUCGAGAGGCUCCCCUUUGGGCUCGGUGAUUGGGCACGACGGCUGCAUGGCCACUGGAUGUACAGAGAUCGAUUCCACAUACAUGCUCGACUCGGCCUUGCUGUUGUAGAAGUCAGCCCUUGGUGUGUCAAGGUUUUUGUUGCUGAUGUGAAUGGCGUGGAGGAUCUGCUCAAGCGGCACAACGAUUUCAUCAAGAGCCCCAUGAUUUAUGGACCCCUAGCAAUAUUGGGGCCGAACCUCGACACCGUCAAUGGAGCCCAAUGGUCUCGACAUCGCAAGAUUACGGCUCCUCCUUUCAACGAAAAGAACAGUGCCCUCGUAUGGCAGGAGAGCAUUGCGCAAGCCACCGAUAUGGUUGCUACUUGGCAGAAACAGGAAUGUGUUACCACUACACGUGCGGAUAUCCAGAAUCUUGCGCUCAACGUGCUCUGUUCUGCCGGCUUUGGUGUCAAGAACAAGUUCGUUCCAGAGCGUGGUGCUAUGUCCGGCGGCAGCAGAUUCCACACAUCGCAAGUCGGCUACCGUGAAGCGCUGCAGACAAUUCUGAGCUCGUUCAUGGCCCUCCUUGUCGUGGGAAUGCUCGAGAAGGCCGGUGUGCCCCAAUUUUUCAUGAUUGGCCCCCUCAGGAGACUCUCCGUUGUCAAACGCGCUUUCAAGGGACAUAUGGCCGACAUGAUUGAAAGCGAACGCAAAUACCUUGAGUCGGGAAAUACUGAUCGCCAUAAUCUUAUCUCGACUCUCAUCCGCGCGAAUGCCGAUGCUAAGGCCGCCGCCGACACAGAUGUUCCGGCCAUUACAGACAAACCAACCAGCUUCGCUAAAGGCCUCACGGAAGAGGAGAUCUUCGGCAACCUUUUCAUCUACAACAUCGCUGGCCACGAUACCACGGCAUCGACCCUAUCCUUUGCCCUCGUCCUGCUAGCCCUCCACCCCAACCUACAGGCCUGGCUCGCCACCGAGAUCCACAGCCUUCGCUCCCAGGCCCCCUGCCCCAACGCCCAACAUUUCUACGAGCAGACUUUCCCGCUCCUCCCCCGCUGCCAGGCCCUCAUGCACGAGACCCUCCGCCUCUGCGGGCCCGUCCCUAACAACCCACGCGAAACGCGCUCCGGCCCCUCCCCGACUGCCCUCCUCGUCCAAGACAAAACCUACCUGAUCCCACCCAAGACCAUGGUCGUCUGCAAUUUCGCAGGCAUCCACUGCGACCCGGCCGUAUGGGGCGACGACGCACAGGAUUUCCGCCCACAGCGCUUCAUCACCACGGACGCCGGAGGCAAGGACGCGCUCAAGGACGCGCAUCGCCCCGGCAGCGGGUUCGCGGCGUGGAACCGCGGGCCGCGCGUGUGUCCCGGCAAGAAAUUCAGUCAGGUUGAGUUCGUAGCGGUGUUGUUCGUGCUGUUCGCGGGGAACAGGCGGGUCGAGCUGGUGGGCGAGCCGCUAGAGUCCGCCGCGGCGAAGGCACGCAAGGUGGUGGCGGAGGCGGAGGUGGAGCUCGCGCUGAAGAUGACGAGAGACGUGCCUUUGCGGUGGGUGGAGGCUGACCCGGUUGGGGGAAACCGAUCAUAG